UUGUUUUCCGAUCAAGUAAAACUUGAGGUCACCGUAAAAAUGUUAGGACGCCACCAAGCGACUCAUCCACAAAAUGGAUACCAGCACUAAUUCCAGUGGAGGGGGCGGGGACUCCCACCCACCCCAACAGCAGCCACCGCAAAUGUUUGGCAAUCGACCCCCCAUGAUGAUGCCACCAUUUGUACCUCCGAACCCAAACAUGCCACCGCCGCCCUUCAACAUGCCCCUACCGGGCCAGUCCAACAACAACAGCAACCCGCCGGGAAUGAUGAACCGUAUGCCCAUGCCCAAUUUCGGCGGGCCCAACAUGCCCCCCAUGGGCGGUAUGCCACCGGGGGGUAUGCCCCCUGGGUUCCCCGGAAUGCCCCCCAGGAUGCCCCCUAUGAACAUGCCACCGGGCAUGUUCCCCCCUAACAUGGGGGGCUUCAAUAGGAUGGGGGUGCCGGGGGGUAUGGGUGGACCCGGAGCCCCCGCACCCAACGCAGCAAAGGAGGAUUCUGCUGAUGCACCCCUGGAUGCAGAGAAUAAUCAACAAAGUGAUGCGGCUGCCAAGGCUACUGGUUCCAGCACGCCUACAGAUUCAUCAACGGCUGGAGGGGAGUCUAAACCAACCAAGAAACAUAAUUGGGCAGAACACAAGGCUCCGGAUGGACGAACGUACUACUACAACAACAUCACCAAACAGUCGCUGUGGGAGAAACCGGACGAGUUGAAAACCCAAGCUGAGCUUCUUUUGUCUCAGAGCACUUGGAAGGAGUACAAGUCGGACACGGGAAAGAUUUACUACUACAACUCCAAGACCAAGGAGUCAAGAUGGACUGUGCCCAAGGAGUUGGAGGAACUCAAAGCUAUGAUUGCUACAAAACAGUUGGACAAGGAAUCGGAGCCCGAAAACAGUUCAGGAGCAUCGGAAGAUGAGCAGAAAUCGGACGCAACUGCCGAAAAGACCCAAGACACCACGGCCGCUUCGGAAACCGCCACCACCAACACAGUGACAAGCCUUCCCAACAUGGGCGGGAUUCCCAACAUGGGUGGCAUGCCGCCCAACAUGGCCGGCAUGCCCUCGAACAUGGGCGGCCUGCCUCCAGGUAUGGGGGGCAUGCCCCCCGCCAUGCCCAUGGGGGGUAUGCCCCCCAUGAUGCCCGGGUUACCGGGCAUGCCGGGCGUUCCAGGCCCCAUGUCGGGGCCGAUGAUGGGGUUCAUGGCGCAGCAGGGGGCCGGGGCACCGGCCGCAGCGACGGGUACCGGGAGCACGGUGGAGACCGCUGAGAACACGCCCAACACGAACGUCACAGAGGACGACGGCGAAAGCUCCAGUGAUUCUCGCUCCAACACGCCUGACAUUAAAGAAGUGGUGUAUGCCACCAAGGAGGAGGCCAAGGAGGCGUUCAAGGCACUGCUCAAAGAUAAGGGUGUUUCCUGCAAUGCUAACUGGGAUACCGCCAUGAAGAUGAUUGUCAACGACCCAAGAUACAAAGCUCUCACAAAACUGAGUGAAAAGAAGCAGGUUUUCAACCAUUACAAAGUCCAGCGGAGCAAGGAAGAGAAGGAGGAGCAGAGGCUGAAAGCCAAGAAAGCCAAAGAGGAUCUGCAGCAGUUCCUGGAGACUAACCCCAAGAUGAACUCCAACGUCCGCUACAGGAAAGCAGACCUGCUCUACGAUGAUGAGGAGCUCUGGAGGGCGGUCCCCGACCGGGACCGGCGCGACCUCUACGAAGACGUCGUCUUCUUCCUGGCCAAGAAGGAGAAAGAGGAAUCCAAGUCGCUGAGGAAGCGGAACAUCGAGGCCAUGAACGCCAUCUUAGACAGCAUGCCCAACGUGACGUUCCGGACGACCUGGACGGAGUGCCAGCAGCACCUGAUGGAGAACCCGACGUUUGCCGAGGACGAGGAGUUGAUGAUCAUGGACAAGGAGGAUGCUCUGAUCUGCUUUGAGGAGCACAUCCGCCAGUUGGAGAAAGAAGAAGACGAGGAAAAAGAUCGGGAGAAGAUUGUUCUCAAGAGGGGAUACCGCAAAUGCCGGGAGGGAUUCUUGGUUCUCCUGGAUGAGCUUCACGAGCGAGGCCAGCUGCACUCCAUGUCCCUCUGGAUGGAUCUCUUCCCUGUCAUCAGCUCAGAUCCUCGCUUCAACAACAUGCUUGGAAACCCUGGUUCCACGCCACUGGAUCUCUUCAAAUUUUACGUCGAAGACCUGAAAUCACGCUUCCACGACGAAAAGAAAAUUAUCAAAGACAUCCUCAAGGACAAGACUAUGUCGAUCGAGAUCAACACAUCGUUUGAGGAUUUCGCGACCACCAUCAGCACAGACAAGAGAGCGUCAACGCUAGAUGCUGGAAACAUCAAGCUCACAUUCAACAGUCUGAUAGAGAAGGCGGAGGCCAGGGAGAAAGAACGCCAGAAGGAGGAGGCGCGCAAACAGCGCAGGAAAGAGGGCGCCUUCAAGUCCAUGCUCAAGCAGUCGGCCCCGCCCCUUGACAUCAACUCCAACUGGGACGAUGUCCGGGAUCGCUUCGUCAACGAGUCGGCAUUUGACGGCAUCACAGUGGAGUCAGAGAGAAUCAGACUCUUCAAAGAGUUCAUACAAACACUUGAGGAGGCGUGUGCUCAUCAUCAUUCCAAGACUAGUUCCCGGAAACAUUCCAAGCAGAAGAAGAAACACCGAAGCCGACGCUCAAGAUCACGCUCGGUGUCGGACUCGGAAGACGAUCGCAGCCGACGGCGCUCCAAGAAGAAGAAGCGAUCACGCUCCGCGUCCCCCUCUGAGUCUUCGGAAGACUCGGACAUCAGCAGCAAACGCUCCGUCUCCAAGAAACACAAGAAGAAAGUCAAGAAGAGCAAGCGCAAACGCUCGCCUUCGACCGGAUCCGAAUCAGACAUCAAAGAGGUCCCCCACCAAGCUGCCCAGCCUGCCGUCCCCCAGCCUCGCAAGCAGGCCCCGCCCACGAUACCAGUAGAGACGCCCAAAAAGGAAAAGACUGGAUGGGACACAUCGGAGAGUGACCUGAGCGAAGGGGAGCUGGAGCAGCAGCGGCGAGCACUCCUGGAGCAACUGGCCGAGAACCACUGAGAAAUCCCCUCGCCGGGUCAAAGGGCAAAGGUCGUGCAUAUUCAAUGAGGUGAGGGUCAUCGUCAAAAUAUAUGAGCACUUCAUUCAGUUCUUGUUUUACUGUUGGAAAGUGUAAUUUCAUGCCCAUUGGGAUGACCUGUCUGAAGAUCAGCACUGACAGAGGUCAUGCUCAGAUGUCAGAGGUCAUGCUCGGGUGUCAAAGGUCAUGCCCAGAUGUCAAAGAUUAUGCUCAGAUGUCAAAGGUCAUGCUCAGAUAUCAAAGGUCGUGCUCAGUUCCCAAAGGUCAUGCUCAGUUGUCAAAGGUCAUGCCCAGAUGGCAAAGGUCAUGCUCAGAUGUCAAAGGUCAUGCUCAGAUGGCAAAGGUCAUGCUCAGAUGUCAAAUGUCAGAAAUGGUAACCCUGAGCAGAAUAAUUGACAAUCUUUACACAACAGACAUAUGGCCACUAUGUGACCUCUGACCUUUCUGAAGUUUACAUAUUCAUUUUUAUUUAGAAUGCCAAAAGGUUGGAUGGCCACAGUAAGGAGAUCAGUGUGCGUGAAUUGUUGAUUUUCUUCCAUGUGAACAUUUUUGAUCACCUAUUUCUGGCAAAUUUAUGGCAAACAAGGGGAAAUGCUUACUUUCCAAAAAGACAUUUCUUUAGUUUUAUUAAUUUCAUUUAGACAUGAGUUACCUUAUUUUUUUUUUUACAAUUUUAAGAAUUUCUGAAACUCAUGCUUGCAUCUUAAAUGCAUCACUUCAUAGUGAACAACAUUUUCUGUAUAUAUAAGUUGGUCUUUUUGGAGACGGAAAGUAAAAUUGGCAGCAAUAUUCAUCAUGUCAACCUUGGCUGAAUUGGAAACGAAUUUUUUUUGGGGGGGGGGGGUUGUCAUUUGUUAGUCUUUGAUUAAUUAUAAUUGUGAAUAAAAAACAACAACUUUUACCGAAUCAUAAUUCUCGUGCUGCCUGCUGCCUCGUUCCUUAAGAGAGUCUUCACACUCCAACAUGCAUGUGACGUCAGCUGAGGCACUAUUUGUACAUGAAGAUUUUUUUAACUUAAAGAUUUCAGAAAUCCUAUUUCAGGAAAUAAACCUCGGCGUAAGAACCAUAAUCUGACAGUCA